AUGUUGGUUGGCGAUGACAUUGGCGAGAGCACGGAGGGGACAAAGGUUGAGGUUACUGUCGGGGACAUUGAUUUGGAUCAACCUAGAGCUGUGUUAUCUCAGUUGAACGUUUGGUUGAAUGAUGAAGGUCAAGGUGUGGAACGAGGGGUCCAAUUACGGAAGAGGAAGAGGAUUAUUCCUAUGUGGAAGAUCGUUGAAGCUAGUGAAGUGGUUAAAAAAAAUUUGCCAAAGACAACCGGACUUCGGACGUUAGACCCAAUGAAGGCGAUUCCGCAUGAUGAUAUGGUGAAAUUGCUGAAACUUUGUUCGGAAUGGCGCCAUAACCCAAAUUUGGUGAUGCAAUUUGGCAACGUGGAAGCUGAGAUUGAAUUCUUCGCUUCCCUCGUCAAAGCUGACGGCUGGCUGAAAGGAGAUUUAAAUAAUGAGAUUGACAAGGAAAACAUGUGCAACACAUUGAUUUGGGCUUGUAUCUCAUCCGGAAGCGACAACAACAGUUGGAGGAAAAUCACAUCCAUACUUGCUUUGCGGAUAAUAAAAGGAAAAAAGAGCAAGUUGGGUGGAAAAUUAGAACCCAGUUUAGUGAACGUUGUAAAUGGCAAGGUUCCGGCUUGUGGAUUGGAUUGGCAGAACACGUAUAAGGUGUAUGUACCUUGUAUGUUGCAAAAAUAUAAGCAUUGGGUGGCUCUAGAGAUUGAUCUGAUUCAGUGUGAAAUCAAAGUCUACGAUUCAAUGGUUUCACUCAUUCCAGAUCAGAGCUUAAAGGAAGAACUCGGCCCCCUGUCAAUUACGAUUCCAAAUCUUCUGCACACCCUCGACUUUUAUGAAGAAGGUGUUUACGCGAACGAGUGCACCCGAGAUUGGUGGUGUCCAUGGCCAAUACAUCGUGUGGAUGUUCCACAACAGGCUAAUCAAGGCGAUUGUGGUAUGUUCGUGUUGAAGUACAUUGAGCUGUUGAGUGCUGAGAUUUCCUUAGCUACUUGCACCUCGCAGAACAUGCCAUUUUUUCGGUUGAAGUUGGCUGCAGAAAUUGCACGGGGAGAUGCUUACAUGCCAUGA